AUGCCCUCCGGGCACGAGGAAUGGAAGAGUGCCAGGCGCAUCUUAUCACGCGAAAUUGGGAGGGGUUACGACUUGGUCGCUGAAGGCCAUAAUAAUAAAGAAUCCGAAGCCGACACUGCGUAUACACGCAAAACAUUGAUUGAUAAGCUCCUUUGUAGCAGCACGCCUUACAGAUAUGAGCCUCUGCCGCCGAAUUCCAUCCGGCUUCUCGAGAUAUAUCCCUCCAAACUUAAAUAUGAGCCGUUGCAGUGCCGCCUGAUGCCCAUUGGGCUGCAAGACUCCUCAGGGAAGUACGAGGCCCUGAGCUACGUCUGGGGCGAUCCAGACCAGUUAAAAGAAUGGAUUUUCAUCGAUGGGCACUUCAAGGAAGUAUAUAGGACCCUGGCGAGCAUUCUAAUCAAUCUGAGGAGCACUAAAUCUGCGCGGACGCUCUGGGUGGACGCCAUCUGCAUUGAUCAGUCAAGCAUCGAAGAGCGCAACAGGCAGAUCCCUUUUAUGGGAAGCACCUAUCGCGGUGCUACGAGGACAGUGGCAUGGCUUGGUCCUGCAGAAGUGCGUACCCCAGAGACCUUCACGAUUCUUCAGGAGCUCUCCGCAGAGGCGCAGUCUCCCCCAUUUGUGCAGUACUACAGCGCCAUAUCUAGUCAAAACCGCAUCGGCAACUUGCCGUUGUUGCCGGGAUUCGAAAGCAAAGCGCUUCCGUUACCACGGAGCACGGUGCAAGAGAAAUGGGGUGGUGAUAUAGGAAUAUGGGAGGUGCUGGCCUGUCCGUGGUGGUUUCGUGCCUGGACGGUCCAGGAGCUUCUGCUCUCGCAAAAUCUGGCCAUCUCAACUUACUUUGCCAUCCGGACAUUGGAGGAGAGACGCAAACUUCAGCAAUCCCAGCCUGGAUUUUACGUCGUGCACCCCGCCGAGAACCUGUUGCACCUCCUCCUGAACUGCACACACAGAGUCUCGAGAGAUCCGAGAGACAAGAUCUACGCACUGCUCGGUAUGCUCGACGACGGCCAAUCCUCUCCGGCUAACAAGAACUCGCUCGGCGUGGUGGCAAAUCCCGACUAUCAAAACCAUGUCGUCUACAUUUAUAGGCGCAUAUCGCAGCAGUGCAUCGAGAUGACGGGUAGCCUCGACAUUAUCAGCAUUUGCCCACCCUCUACACGACGUGGACUUCUCUCGUGGGUCACCGACUGGAGCGUCACCAACAAGGGUGCCCAUCCUUUGAUGAGCGACUCCAUUAACCGUCCCAGACAGACGCAUGCGACCCGUGGAUCCAAGGCAAAUCCCCGGUUCCUUGUGGAUGCCGCCACCAUUGUUCUCGACGCCUACGAGCUGACAUCAGUAGUUGAAGUCUCGCAAGCUCAGCGGCCAGUGUUUUAUUUUCUGGGUGGGAAUGGCGAGAGUCGUCUCGUCGGGGAGACAGGGGAUGUGAAAAAGGGUGUGAAGCAAACACUUACAGAACUCUGGCACUUUUACGAACUUCUGGCCGAAUACUGGAGUGUCAUGUUCGAAUGGGAAAAGUUUGCCGCCAGGAGGCAGCCGCAGAACCCCACGGACAAACCCAACUCGGUCUACUGA